UCGCGCAUUAACAGAAACCAUUCUUUCCACGCGAUCAUCAAGAAUUUUCAUCAAAUUACGAACUCAACUACUAAUAUUUAUCAAUCAACGAAUCCAUCAAGAUGGCGAACCUUCAUUUCGCGCACUCUGAUGCGCCUCUCAAGGACAUCAAAGAGAUUCAAUUCAGUCUUCUCUCGCCCGAGGAGAUCAAGGGUGCGAGCGUUGCGGCAAUCACUUACCCCGAGACUAUGGACGAAACCCGGACGAAGCCUCGUAUGAAUGGUCUAAAUGACCCCCGUCUUGGCUCGGUAGACCGCCAGUUCAAGUGUGCCACUUGUUUAGAGCCUAUGGCCGAAUGCAAUGGCCAUUUUGGUCACAUUGAAUUGGCCACGGCUGUCUAUCACCCCGGUUACAUCAAGAAAGUCAAGAAGAUACUAGAGAUCGUCUGCCCGUACUGUAGCAAGGUUCUGGAAGACAGAAGCAAUCCAGAAUUCCAGGCUGCAGUGAAUAUUCGAGACCCGAAAAAGCGCUUCCAGGCCAUUUGGGUUGUCUGCAAGGGUAAGCGAGUUUGUAGUAACGAGACUCCAAAGGACGAGGACAAGGAAUAUGAACCAGGUAGCAAACCCAAGUCUGAAGGCCAUGGUGGUUGCGGCAGCCUCCAGCCUGCAAUCCGUCAAACGGCUCUCCAACUAUGGUCCCACCAAAAGACGGUGAACGAGGAUGGUGUUAAGGCCAACGAGAAGAAAGAGCUCAAAGCUACCGAGGUUCUCAACAUCCUAAAGCGCAUCACUGAUGAGGACUGCCGGGAUAUGGGCUUAAAUACGGAGUAUGCUCGACCCGAAAACAUGAUUCUUACGGUGUUGCCUGUCCCACCACCUCCGGUUCGUCCUAGUAUUUCUAUGGAUGGUACCGGCCAAGGCCUAAGAAAUGAAGACGACUUGACCUACAAAUUAGGUGAUAUUAUCCGUGCCAACAGCAACGUCCGCCAGGCGAUUCAGACAGCUGCACCUGCUCACAUCCUUGAAGAAUUCCAACAACUCUUACAGUACCAUGUUGCCACUAUGAUGGAUAACGAUAUAGCCGGUCAGCCUCAGGCGCUACAGAAGAGCGGUCGUCCGGUUAAGUCCAUUCGAGCACGUCUAAAGGGAAAAGAAGGUCGACUACGUGGUAACUUGAUGGGUAAGCGUGUCGAUUUUUCAGCCCGUACUGUCAUCACUGGUGACGCAAAUAUCUCGCUCGACGAAGUUGGUGUUCCCAAGAGUAUUGCACGAACAUUGACAUAUCCUGAGACUGUCACGCCGUACAAUAUUUCUCGCCUUCACAAGCUCGUCCAGAAUGGACCGAACGAACACCCCGGCGCCAAGUAUGUUGUCCGAACAGAUGGAUCUAGAAUCGAUCUGCGACAUCACAAACGUGCUGGUCAAAUCAAUCUCGAGUAUGGUUGGAAAGUCGAACGACAUCUUCAAGAUGGCGAUUACAUCAUCUUCAAUCGUCAGCCGUCUCUUCACAAGGAGUCCAUGAUGGGUCACAGAGUCAAGGUCAUGCCUUAUUCCACUUUCCGAUUGAAUCUGUCCGUCACCUCACCUUAUAACGCCGAUUUCGAUGGCGAUGAAAUGAAUCUUCACGUACCACAGACUGAGGAAACGCGGGCUGAGAUUCGCGAGCUUUGCAUGGUGCCUCUGAACAUUGUUUCGCCCCAACGUAACGGACCGUUGAUGGGUAUUGUCCAGGAUACUCUGGCUGGUGUGUACAAGAUGUGUCGUCGGGAUGUAUUCAUGACCAAGGAGCAGGUCUACAAUAUCAUGCUGUGGGUGCCUGAUUGGGAUGGCGUUAUCCCCCAGCCUGCCAUCCUCAGGCCGAGACCUCGCUGGACAGGAAAACAGAUCGUUAGCAUGAUCAUCCCGAAGGAGAUCAGUAUCUAUACCAAACCUCAGAGCGGCCCGUGGCUCCCAUUAGUAGAUGACGGGCUCCUUGUCCAGUCUGGACAGCUGCUUUUCGGCCUGCUUACAAAGAAGAAUGUCGGUGCCUCUAGUGGAGGUAUCAUUCAUCUUUGUUACAAUGAGCUCGGUCCUGAAGGCGCGAUGGCUUUUCUUAACGGGUGCCAACGCGUUGUGAAUUACUGGCUCUUGCACAAUGGUCACAGCAUUGGUAUUGGUGAUACAAUUCCAGACAAGAUAACGAUUGAGAAGAUCCAGGUUCACAUCAAUGAGCAGAAAGAAGAGGUAGCCCGGUUGACCGCACAGGCAACAGCAAAUGAGCUAGAAGCUCUCCCUGGUAUGAACGUUCGAGAAACCUUCGAAAGCAAGGUUUCUAAGGCUCUCAACUCCGCCCGUGACAAGGCGGGUACCACCACUGAGAACAGUCUAAAGGAUAUCAACAACGCUGUAGUUAUGGCUCGUUCUGGUUCGAAGGGUUCGUCCAUCAAUAUCUCCCAGAUGACUGCCCUUGUCGGCCAGCAAAUCGUUGAAGGCAAGCGUAUUCCCUUCGGCUUUAAAUAUCGAACUUUGCCGCAUUUCACCAAGGAUGACUAUUCGCCGGAAGCCCGUGGAUUUGUCGAGAAUUCGUAUCUUCGUGGCUUAACCCCUUCGGAGUUCUUCUUCCACGCUAUGGCUGGUCGUGAAGGUCUCAUUGAUACUGCCGUCAAGACGGCCGAAACCGGUUACAUUCAACGUCGUCUUGUCAAAGCCCUCGAGGAUGUUUCUGCUCGAUACGAUGGUACGGUUCGCAAUUCGCUUGGCGAUAUCAUUCAGUUCAUCUAUGGUGAGGAUGGUCUCGAUGCUAUGCACAUCGAGAAGCAGCCCAUGGAUCACUGGGUUAUUAGAGAUGCUGAUUUCGAGGACCGGUACCGCAUCGACGUAAUGGAGGGUCUUCGCCCGCGUGUGCUCGAUGCUCUGGAAUAUGGGCAAGACCUCAUUGGCGACGCACAUGUUCAGGAACUUUUGGAUAUGGAAUGGGAAGCCAUUUGCAAAGAUCGCGAGUACCUUCGAGAUCUGAAGAAGGAUUCUGAGAAGCUUGAAGAAAUGUUCCAGCUUCCCCUGAACACAGGCCGUAUUAUCGAGUCAUCCAAGAAGCUCCUUAAAGUUGAUGAUGCAAGACGAAGCAACCUCUUGCCUCAAGAUGUCAUCCCCGUGGUGAAGGAUCUAUUAGAGCGAAUGGUUGUGGUUCGUGGCUCUGAUGAAGUGUCUCGGGAAGCUGACGACAACUCGACCUUACUCUUCAAGGCCUUACUCCGUUCACGAUUGGCAUACAAGCGUCUUGCGGUACACCACCGCCUGGACAAGCUGGCUUUCCGACACGUUAUUGGCGAGCUAGAAAACCGAUGGUCCAGGGCAAUGGUAAACCCCGGUGAGAUGGUUGGUGUAUUGGCUGCGCAGUCAAUCGGUGAGCCUGCAACUCAGAUGACUCUGAACACUUUCCAUUUCACGGGUAUCUCCUCAAAGAACGUCACUCUUGGUGUGCCUCGUCUAAAGGAAAUUCUCAAUGUUGCCAGCAACAUCAAGACACCUUCGAUGAUGGUUUACUUGGACGGUAACACAUCCCAGGACCAUGCAAAGAAGCUUCGAAGUGCGGUCGAGCACACUAAUCUACGCUCCGUCACGGCAAUGACCGAGAUCUAUUACGACCCUGACAUUGAGUCGACGCAAAUCGAGCAAGAUGAGGACUUUAUUAGCUCUUAUUUCUUGCUUCCUGACGAUAGCCAGCCCCCUAUUGAUAGGCAGUCGCGAUGGCUACUUCGUUUCGUUCUAGAUCGACAGAAGAUGCUCGACAAGGGUCUCACCGUGGAAGAUGUUGCGAUCCGCCUCAGAGAAGAAUAUCCUACUGAUUUAGCCGUUAUCUGUAGUGACAAUAACGCGGAUCAGCAGGUGAUUCGCAUCCGCCCGAUGCCGGAAGAUAAGGAUGAUCCCGAGAAGAGCAUCGAAGAUGACGUGAUGCUGAAGCGGUUAGGCGAACAUCUUCUAGAGAACCUUACACUCCGUGGAAUCAAGGGCAUUGAGCGUGCUUUCCUAAACAAAGGAACGAGAAUCGCCAUUGACAAGAGCGGCGCUAUGAUUCAAUCGAAGGAUAGCCCGCUCUGUGAGGAAUGGUACCUUGACACUACUGGCACGGCUUUGCGAGAUGUCCUGGCAGUUCCUGGCGUAGACGCCAAGCGUACUAUUACCAACGACUUAUGGCAGACUGUUGAUGUAUUCGGUAUCGAAGCGGCUCGAGGUGCGCUUCUCAACGAAUUGAGACGAGUGCUGGCUUUCGACGGUUCGUACGUCAAUGAGCGACAUCUUUCUCUCUUGGUCGAUGUCAUGACAUACAGAGGCAGUAUUGCCGCGGUUACUCGUCAUGGUAUCAACAGAGCUGACACUGGAGCCUUGAUGAGAUGUUCCUUUGAGGAGACCGUCGAAAUUCUCUUAGAGGCUGCUGCAAUGGGUGAAGUAGACGACUGCAAGGGUAUCUCGCAAAACGUUAUGCUUGGUCAGCUUGCUCCCAUGGGGACAGGCCACCUUGAUGUCUUCCUCGACCCCAAGAUGCUUGAAACGGUCAUCUCGGAUAACUCCAGGAUGGGUUUGAUGCCUGGAAUGGCUGUCAAGGGAGGUUCGAUCGAAGGUGCUGCGACACCAUACGACACUGGUUCGCCGAUGGCCGAUUCUGGUUAUGGAAUAUCCCUGGCCUCCCCAUCCAUGGGUAUGGGCAAUUUCUCGCCUAUUGUUGGAGCCGGCUCCGACUCGCCUUCAGGCUUCGGAACAGAAUACGGAGGGUUUGGAAGUGCUAGCCCGUACGGAGGACGAAGCCCAGGCGCUACAAGUCCAUUCUCUGGUGGCGCCUCUCCGUCUUCUCCUUUCAGCAGUUAUGGUGCUGGUGGCUAUUCUCCAAGUUCACCUAGCGGCAGCUAUUCGCCGGCAUCGCCGAUGAUUGGAGGUCAAUACAACAGCUCACCGCGCUUUAGCCCAUCCUCUCCAUCCUUCUCCCCCAGUUCACCUCAGUUCAGAGGUGCAAGCCCGUCGAGCCCGAACUACAGUCCCACGUCGCCUGUCUACUCUCCUACGUCUCCUACAUCGCCCAGGCAUUAUUCUCCAUCAUCACCUAAUAUGAACUCGCCUACGUCACCGAGUUACUCCCCGACAAGUCCCGCCUACAGUCCCACAUCUCCUCAUCAUGUAGGCGCUACUUCACCAAGUUACUCUCCUGUGUCGCCGAACUACUCGCCCACCUCCCCGACGGGUUAUUCUCCGACGAGCCCGCUCCACAGAGCUCCAGGAGCACAGCAAUCCCCAACGAGUCCCAAGUACUCGCCUACGUCUCCUCAAUAUUCCCCUAGAACACCCGGUGCCGGCGGCAGCACCAGCCCUAAAUACUCUCCUACAUCUCCCAAGGGUGAUUAAGUCACUUAUGCAUAAUAUACACCCACGGCGUCUUGCGUGCCUUUUAUACAUGUUGCAUUUAAGGGGUUUCCGUUUACUUCUAUUUCUCCCGCUCUAGUAGCUUUCUUCUACUAAGACCCCUAAUGCAUCAC